AUGUUGGAAGACAAAAGUGGUCCUGAAAUUUUUCGAAUUCUGUUAGCCACUGAAAAGCUUGGCCUUUACGAAAUUAUCACGUAUCUUCAACAAUUCUUACUAGAACAUCAUAUUGAUUGGUUAAAACGUCACAUCGAAACCGUAAACCGUGCGAGUUUUCGAAACGAUCAUUUUCAAGUUCUUCAACAGUUUUGUACCACAAAUGACCCUGGAAAAGUACUGAACAAUAUUAAUUUCGAUUCUAUUUCGGAAAAUGCUAUAAUAUCUUUACUUAAACGAGAUCACUUUGGAACGGAUGAAGUUCAAAUGUGGGACAAUGUUCUUAAAUGGGGAUUGACACAGAAUCCAACGUUGUUAACUAUGGAUCCAACAAAAUGGACAGCCAAUGAUUUCAAAACUUUACGGGUAUCACUUCAACAAUUCCUUCCAUUAAUUGGAUUUCAUGAAAUGACAAGUCAACAAUUCUUUGAAAAAGUGAGCCCAUUUAGUAAAAUAUUUGAACCACGAAUUUAUGAAGAGUUAGUUCAAUACUUUAUGUUGUCAGAUGAAAACGUUUCGAAUAUGAAUAUACCUGACUUGUCACCUAAUAUAAAGCUGAACUCAAUGGAAUAUCUUGGGCCAUCAUUCGGUUUUGAUGAUAUUACGAUCAAUGGCGAAAAUUACAGAGAAGAGAUGAAAUGUUAUUCAGGAAAUAAUAGUUAUGAAAGACCAAUUCGAUCUGAAGGAUACUUUUCAGUUGAUGAAUAUGAAAUUUUUCAGGUUUCUGAG